AUGCCUUCUGCUCGCGACACAUUGGCUGAGCUGAAGGCUCUCCGUGCUUCCGGCAAGAAGCGCAUCUCGACCUACGAAAUCGAGGAACAGGGCGAUAUUUACGACGAGGUUGAUGAUGAUGGCUAUAAAAAAGUGAUUCGCAGCCGCCUCGACCAGGACGACUUUGUCGUUGACGAUAACGGUGCGGGAUAUGCGGACGAUGGCCGAGAAGUAUGGAACGAACGUACCGCGGAAUACGACAGCGACGACAGUAAUGAACUGCCUGCACGAGGCAAGGCUGCUAAAAGAAAACGCGAGGAGGAGAAGCAACGGCAGGAGAAGAUCAACAAUGGUAUCUCCAAGUAUUUCAACACUGGUAAUGCCGCUGCAUCGGCCCCCAAGCCCAAGCCGGUUGCUACCGCCGAGGAUGACGCUUUUAUGAAGGAUCUCCUUGGUGAAGUCGACACGAACAUCGUUUCCAACCACGUCCCCACCAGGAAUAUUGUCAAAUCAGAGGCCCGGCGCAAAGUCCGCGUCCUCUCCCCUCCCUUGUCUGAGAAACGACGCCGAGAAAAAGUCAACGAUAGAGACGAGAACGAUAUUCCAAGCUCGCCAGUGAAGGAACAACCCACACUACACUCCGAUGACUUUGAUGACGGCCCACUUCCCCAGGGGGAUGACGACGAUGUCGACAUGGGUGAUCCGAUGCCCUCAUCCCCUAUCAGCAAAGCGGUGGAGCGCAGGACCAACGCAAUUCCAGUCAAGAAGGAAGAAUCCGACGAUGAUGACAUUGACAUGAUGGAUGUUGCGGAAGCUACCAUUUCUUCAAACAUGAAGGCUGCUAGUGUUAAUAUGGCGGGAAGCCGCCCGCCGCCAAAGCUCAAGAAGGAGAUCCUUGCCACACCAGCCAGCUCUUCCCCAGCUAAAGCUACACCAGAGGUCCUGGAUCCUUCUUGGAAUGAUAUUCAAAGCAAACUGAACGUUCUCAGCAGCCCAGCACCUGAAAUGCGGUCUUUCGGAAAGUUGCGCGCCCAGGAUGUUGUUGAGGAGGACGGCAGCCUACGGAUGUUCUGGCUGGAUUACACUGAGGUCAACGGUAGUCUCUGUCUGUUCGGUAAAGUGAAGAACAAGCAGAACGGCUCCUAUGCCAGUGCAUUCGUCAAGGUCGAUAAUGUUCUACGGAAACUUUACUUCCUUCCUCGCGAGCACCGACACAAGCAAGGCAGAGAGACCAAUGAGGAGGUCGAUAUGGAAGAUGUCUAUGGGGAAGUGGACGGGCUCAUGUCACGAAUGCGAGUCGGUAUGCACAAGAUCAAGCCUUGCACUCGCAAGUACGCAUUUGAGCUGUCUGGUGUUCCGAAGGAGGCCGAAUAUCUAAAGCUUCUUUACCCGUACGAUAAGCCUGCACUGCCUAUGGACAUCAAGGGCGAGACCUACUCACACGUCUUCGGCACCAACACCUCUCUAUUUGAGCAAUUUGUCCUGUGGAAGAACAUCAUGGGCCCUUGCUGGCUCAGAAUCGAUGGAGCAGAUUUUUCUGCCGUGAACAACGCAUCCUGGUGCAAAUUCGAAUGCCAGGCCUCCAAGCCAGCCCUCAUCAACCCGGUUCCAGAAACUGAGAAUUUGGAUACUCCUCCUUUGACGCUCAUGAGUUUGUCUUUCCGCCACCAGCUCAAUGUGAAGGACAACAAGCAGGAAAUUCUUAUGGCGAGUGCCAGAGUGUAUGAGAACGUCUCUCUUACAGAUACUACCCCUCCAGAGAGGCUUCCUUGCAAGACCUUCACCGUGAUGCGCCCUACCGGACCCUCUUAUCCCAUGCAUUUCGAGGCCGAGACUCGAAAGCAACGAGGCACGUUCAUGCUAGAAAAGAGCGAGCAAUUUUUGUUAAGCAAAUUCCUCGCUCUGUUUGAGAAGAUGGAUCCCGAUGUGAUCAUGGGUCAUCAGUUGCAGGAUGUUGACCUUGGCAUUCUUCUGAAUCGCAUGCGGGAGAAGAAGACCCCUGGGUGGCAUCGCAUUGGUCGACUGCGUCGUAGCGAGUGGCCUAAGCUAAACAGGGGUGGCGGCGGUUUCUUUGCUGAAAGGCAGCUUAUUGCCGGACGACUUCUGUGUGACGUUGGUAAUGACAUGGGCAAGUCUCUCAUGAUGAAAUGUCAGUCGUGGAGUUUGACGGAGAUGUGUCAACUCUAUCUCGGGGAGGGCAACAACCGCCAAGAUCUUGAUAUCGAAGCCGCCUUGAAGUCGUGGGCAUCGACCAAGGAGGGUCUCAUGAACUUUGUCAAUCACUGCGAUACAGAUACCUACUUCAUUGCUGCCCUGGUACUACGUCUGCAGAUGCUCCCGCUCACCAAGGUGCUGACAAACAUUGCCGGUAACUCCUGGGCACGUACCCUCAGCGGUACCCGCGCCGAGCGCAACGAGUACAUUCUGCUUCACGAGUUUCAUCGUAACAAAUACAUCUGCCCGGACAAAUAUUCCUCUCGCUUGCAGAAGGCCGAGGAGAAGAUGCUGGAUGGAGAUGAUGAUGACGCGGCAGACAAGAAAAAGAAGGACAAGUACAAGGGCGGUCUCGUCUUCGAGCCCGAGAAAGGCCUGUACGACAGAUUCAUCCUGGUCAUGGACUUCAACAGUUUGUACCCUAGUAUCAUCCAGGAGUACAACAUUUGCUUCACAACAGUCGAUCGGCAGGCAACUUCCGAAAAUGAGAACGAGGAAAAGGUUCCCGAAGUCCCCUCUUCAGACCAAGAGCAAGGAAUCCUGCCUCGCCUUAUUUCAACCCUGGUCGGUCGUCGACGAGAGGUGAAGAAGCUUAUGAAAGACAAGCGUGCUACGCCCGAACAGCUUGCUUUGUGGGAUACGAAGCAACUUGCGUUCAAGCUCACGGCUAACUCCAUGUAUGGAUGUCUGGGAUACACUCAAAGUCGAUUCUACGCCCGUCCCCUGGCCAUGCUCACUACUUUUAAGGGGCGUGAGAUUCUUCGGAGUACCAAGGAUCUUGCUGAGAGCAAGCAACUGCGUGUCAUCUAUGGUGAUACUGAUUCGGUCAUGAUCAACACCAACAUGGAUACUAUCAGUGAUGCACUGAAGGUCGGUGAAGAGUUUAAGAAAUCAGUCAACGAGCGAUACCGUCUGCUUGAGAUCGAUAUCGAUAACGUUUUCCGCCGGCUGUUGUUGCAUGCUAAGAAGAAGUAUGCGGCUGUUAACCUAACGGAGGUCGACGGCAAGUACAUUGAGAAGCUAGAAGUCAAGGGUCUUGACAUGAAGCGACGUGAAUACUGCGCCCUGUCAAAGGAAGUAUCGCAGAGGCUUCUGAACGAGAUUCUCUCCGGCGAGGACCAAGAGAUUGUUCUUAACAAAGUUCACGAUUACCUGCGUGAGCUCGCAGAGAAGAUGAAGGAGUUUGCAGUCCCCGUUCAAAAAUAUGUUAUUUACACGAAACUGUCCAAGAGCCCAGACCAAUACCCCAACAAAGAGACCAUGCCUCCAGCACAGGUUGCCCUCCGCGACAUUGCUCGGGGCAAGAACGUUCGACCAAAUGACGUUAUUUCAUACAUCGUCACAAACGGAGAUGCAGAGACAUCAUCUCUCCCCCCUGCCAAGCGAUCCUACAGCCCACAAGACGUUCUCAAGCCCAGUUCCGGGCUCAAGCCCGAUGUCGAGUUCUACCUGCUUAAGCAAAUCUUCCCUCCUAUCGAGCGUCUCUGCGCCCCCAUCCCCGGUACUGAUGCCGUCCGUCUUGCCGAAUGCCUGGGUCUUGAUGUUCGCAAGUACCAAAUCAACACAUCCAGUUCAAGCAAACAGCAGGAUAACGAGAUAUUCCCGCUGGAGUCGCAAAUUCCCGAUUCUGUCCGCUUUGCCCACUCUGCACGAUUGACCCUCAAGUGCCGCUUCUGCAAAGAGCAGUCGGUGUUUGAAGGCCUAGCAAACACCCCGCAAAUGUGCUCAGCGAAUGGAAUCAUUUGCCCAAACGAAAGCUGCCAGAAGCCCUUUGCCGUUUUGACAAUUAUUGCACAGCUGGAGAACCAGAUCCGCGAACAGACCGCCAAAUACUACGAGGGCUGGUUGGUUUGCGAUGAUUCGGCAUGCGGGAACCGCACACGCCAGAUCAGUGUGUACGGCCAUCGGUGCCUGGGUCCCCGAGGCCGCGCCGAGGGUUGUCUGGGUCGGAUGGCCUACGAGUACAGCGAGAAGCAGAUGUACAACCAGCUUCUGUACUUUGCCGGCCUGUGGGAUGUGGAUAAGGCCAAGGCUGCUGCUGCCAAGGAGACGGGAGAAAAGAAGGAUAGCUUGGCGGCUCUUGCGGAGUUCAACCGGAUCCGCUUUGGGACCAUCAAGACGGUGGUGGAUGGCUACCUGAAGAAGUGUGGUCGGCAGUGGGUUGAGAUGGACACGCUCUUCCGCUUCAUGUUACAACAAUAG